AUGAGGCUCCUCCUUCCUCUCUCGUGUCUCGUCCUCUCAGCAUCCGCUGGCUACGCUCCGUACGCAGCCUAUGGAGCAGCCUACCACGGUCCUCCGGCUCCCCUGGCCCACGACGGAAGGGUACUCGACACACCGGAAGUGGCUCACGCGAAAGCAGCUCACCUGGCUGCACACGCAGCCGAAACAGCCAAGACGUCUUCGUUAGGCUAUGCGGACUACUCUGACGGGAAGUACAGCGACUACGGCGGAGCUUACGUCCCCGCUGCACAGAACAUUUAUCACGGACCUCCGGCACCCUUGGCUCACGAUGGAAGAGUGAUCGACACACCGGAAGUGGCUCACGCGAAGGCUGCCCACUUGGCUGCACACGCUGAACAGAUCUCGAAGAUCUCUCACGUUUCUUACGCCGAUCCGUACGCACAGACUCUUGUUUCCAUCAUUUUGAACGUGGCUUACUGUGCGCCACAGUGGUAUGGGGGUGGUCACCCAGGAGCUUAUGGCGGCCAUGCAGCGCCAGCUCCAUUAGGACCGGACGGUAGAGUCGUGGAUACGCCUGAAGUUGCCCAACUGAAGGCAGCCCAUUUGGCUGCUCUGGCUGACGCCAAUGCGAGGGCACCCAAGGGUCUGGGUCCUGCUGGUCCUUAUCCCGGUCCUGCUGGUUCCUACGCGCCUGGAAACUAUGCUGCGCAUUACAGUGGACCACCAGCUCCUCUGGGUCCAGACGGCCGAGUAGUGGACACACCGGAAGUGCAGCAAGCUAAAGCAGUGCACUUUUCCCUCUACAACACCGAGGCUCAGCGAGCUCCAGCUGGACCAGCUGGUCCAGCACCUCCGAAUCCCUCAUGGAACAAUCCCUCAGGUGGCUACAAUCCUCCUUGGAAUUCUGGAAACAAUUGGAAUCACUAUUAA